ACUAUGCAAAACUAAACAGCCCCAAGCUGCAAUUCAGUGGGAGCAUGUGUCUCCAGUUCUACUACCACAUGUAUGGUGCAGCCAUGGGGACAUUAACUGUGAAUGUAGAUGGAAACAAUGUGUUCAACACAAGUGGGGAUAAAGGCAAUGAGUGGCUGAGAGCAGCUGUUAAUGUAAAUUUAUCAGGAAUGGACGUGGUUACAUUUGAAGGCAUACGGGGAGGUAGUUACGAAAGUGACAUUGCAAUAGAUGAUUUUCUGUUGGAGUCUGGAUCUUGUUCUUCAACUUACUGUGUUGAUCCUGGAACUCCGCUGCAUGGUUCUAGGAAUGUUAGUAGUAGAGAUGGUGGAUUUCCUGAUGGGACAAUAGUUUCUUUUCAAUGCAAUGCUAACUAUAAACUCAGUGGAGCUAAAAAGAUUCUGUGUGCCAAGGGAAAAUGGAGUGAGACAAAGUUACCUCUGUGCGUAUCGCAAGUCUGUAUCUUGCCACCACCUACAUUUGCUCAUGCACAUGUCAGAAGCAAUCCAGUGCCGAACACCAAAGGCAGCUAUGUUGAGUAUGCCUGUGAUUUAGGCUACGUGUCUGAUCACCGCCCAACUCGCCUAUUGUGUGAUAAAGAUCCCAAAACACUAGGAUACAAAUGGAGUGGCAACUUCACUUGUGAAAGUGAGUACUGUUCUAUGCACCCUGAUACAAUAAAGUGCCUUGAGACUGGGUAAUAAGCAUUUAAUGACUGGCCUCAAGGGAAAUAGUGAAUUUUGUUUCCCUGAGGCCUUCAAUGUUGAAUCCCCGAGGUGAGGCAUUUUCCCAUGCCUCCCAACUCAAAAAUAGAUCAAACUGUAAGUAAUAACAUGUCAUUUCAAUAGCAAAACUCAAUGACAGAUGUUUCUGUUACUUUACGGCCCAUGUUGGUUCCCCGUGGAGGGGCACCAACAUAGCGUCUCCACACAAAGCUCUAUAAGUUUGGGUGAAACACUUCUCUGAAAAACGCGCGAAUGAAAAACCACACAGAUCUAAAUCUUGACCAGGUUGUUUGUUUUCAUAUGUCGAAAGAUUCUUAACUUAAUAUAUUGAAUGGUUACGAUUGUUAUUUUUGAUGGUGUGACUGUGGAAAUCAGCGAUAAUUUGUGCUGGACUGAACAAUGUCAAAGUUAUUAAUAUAUACAUUGCAAGUGUGGACAGACUGACAAAGUUAAUGCGUCAAGGGAGUAAAAUGCAUUAAUGUCGUGAGCAUGACCUCCAGAAGUCAAAACCUACAAGACAUAUUUUUAUUGAUCAGUUAAAUGAAAUGCUUUAAGCCCCAGCCAAACAAUUGCAACAUUUGAACGCAACAUAUCGCAACAUUGUUGGGUGCAACAUGUUGUGCACGUUUGUCACACUGUUGCGAUGUGUUGCGACAUGUUUGGUGUUGCAAAUUGAACUAGUGCGCACGCCUUGGCGAAACAUUGUUGCACGAACCUGGCCAAAUGAGUAAACAAUAAGGAAACUUGCACAAAGGUUGCAUGAAAAAUUUGACCAUUUUCAAACUUGAGCUAAUAACACCCACUGUAGCAACAUGUCACAACAGGGUGACCAAACGCACGCAACAUGUUGCACCCAACAAUCUUGCGAUAUGUUGGGUUGAAAUGUUGCAAUCGUUUGGCUUGGGGAGCGAGUCCGCGAGAUGGUCUGCGAGCGAAACGAUCCGGCAGGAAGAGUCUGGUGAAGGGCGUCAAAUUAGUCUCCUCGCGACUUUGCUGCUCGCACCAGUGCUGGCUGGACUUUUAAGUGCACUGAUGCUACAGGUACAUUGUGUAAAAGUAGUGUUGUAAUAUGCCAUGCAUGCGCAAGGCUGUGAUGCCAAAAUGAAAAGUCUGGCAGACUUUUUGAAAUUCUAUGCCGUUCUUGUCGUGGAAAAAUUGCUAAAACUAGUUGCAAUUUGCUCUUCCAUCAAUAAUUCACGGAAUAUCUUCACUUUGGUGUUCUAAGAGCCUUUUAUGAAUGACCAAAGGUAAUAAUUAAAAUAAUCAUUAAAGAUUAUUGAUAUUGCACCUUUUAACAUGCAAUGAUCAGUGGCACGUUACAUCACAAAUUCUGAAAAUUAUAUCAAAUUUUU